GUGCGGCUCACGAUUCCAACAAAAAAAUUCAGAAUGAUAAAGGUCAGCCAAGGCAAUCAGCUGAACCAAGUGAAGCUGCUGAGUUAAAAAACAAAAAUGCAGAACGUGCUAAAAACCAGGAAAUGCAGGAUAAAUCUAAAAACUCUAUCCAAUUUAAUGAUCAAUGCACUGCCUUCGUUUCCAAUCUGAAUCUCCAGGCAACUGCUGAUGAUCUGCAUAAUUUCUUUGCUGAUGCUGGUGGAGUUGUUGCAGUUCGAUUACUAAAGGACAAAUUUACCAGAAAAUCAAGAGGGUUGGCAUAUGUGGAUUUCUCAGACGAUGCACACCUUGCAGCGGCUUUACAAAAGAAUAAACAAAUCUUUAUGGGCAAGAAGUUAAGCAUUUUGAAAUCAGAUCCUAAGCAAGGCAGGAAGAAAGAAGUUGCUGGGCGUAGUGGCAGAGCAGAACAUGGCCGAUCUGACACACGAGAGACUCCCAAGGGGAAAAUGGACAUUCAGCCACAAUCUCCCACUUCUGGGCAGGGUGAUGUUAAGUUGAAGGGGAGGAACACAUUUGCAGUACCAAGAAAUGUUAAACCUCUCGGUUGGAGCAGUCGAAGCACACCACCAUCUGAUGCAGCUAAUGAACAGGAGGCCGAUAACCCCAAAUCUAAUGAUGAGUUCAGGAAGAUGCUAAUGAAAUCAUGAUGGUCAAAUAAGCCACUGCCUAUGCUUGUAGUUUGACUAAAAAGUUGGAUUGCUUGAUGAUCGUUUUCUAAUUGGGCACACGUCGAUAAUCUGUAUUAGUAUGAUAUCAAGCAGUGUUUCUUCACUCAUAUAUCAGUUUGACAAGUCUUUUUUAAUAGUGUCAAGAUCGUAAUUUUUCAAGAGGGAUACACAUUUUUGGCUCA